AUGGAGGCCACCUUACCUUCGUUCCAGCCAACGGCCUCUCGCCGCGUUGCAAAGAUUGACUGCUACAAUUGCGUGGCCGCGAAAAGAAGAUGUGAUCGAAGUCGGCAACAAUGCAGUGUGUGUGCCGCAAACCUGGAAGAAUGCAACGGCUACCCUUAUCAGCUGUCAUGGCAAACGGGCGUGGCCUCACGGGGCAAAUUGAAGGGGAAGACAUUCAACAUCAAUGGUCAUCAAAUCGCCCCUACAACAACUUCUGUGCGAGGCUUUCGGUUCAAGGAAGGUCGACCUCGACAGAAAAGAUCUCAGAAACAAAAGGGAAGCGGCAACGGUCCCAGUAUUGGGCCCAGGCUCCUUCAAACACAAACACCACCAACAAGUGAUGGAGUAAGCUCUGGACAGCCUCGCGGGCAGGAAUCAAUCGUCCAGGACCUUGAAAUCCUUUCACAGUUGCAUUCUGAUGAAGUCGUUGUGGCGACGAAACGGAUGCGAGAGGACACGAGAGACCAGGAGAAGGAAUACUUCUUGGACAGUCUAAGCCCGACAUCCGCGGAGAUCUUUGUAGGCUUGGAUGAGCUCAUACACGACAACGAGGCAGACGAUACUUAUCCUCUUGUUCCUGCCAAUGGCCAUCUGGAGUCCCGUAUUGAAACAAUGCAACGCGAGGGAAGCUUUUGCCAUGUUUCCGAAGGUCAUCAGAACAAGAGAACACCUAGCACUUCGGGUUGCGAUUCGUCGUUGUUCGGCCAGAGUUCGACGCUCUGCGGCGAGGAUCUGGUCCAUGAACAGAUUUCACCAGCCCAAUCACUUGAUUUCAGAGCAAGGGAAGCAGUUGAAGACCAGUGGAAUUCUCCAGAUUCAUAUCUUAAACUGGCUGAAGGGUCGAUGCUUACGACAUGCCAGAUGUUCCUACCUCAGACCGUCCAUUUAGAGCAGCUUCUCAAUCUCUAUGACCGCGAACUUUGCUCUCUUCCCAUCACGCACGACAUUGUUGCAAAUCCCUUCCGCUGUCGACAGAACACGUCUCACGGAACGAAAUACCUUCUACACGCCAUACUCGCUCUCUCAAUGCAACAUUUUGUGCGCAUGAACGAUACCUCUGAUCAGGAUCCCUCAUCCCAGCUAGCUGUGAGCUAUAAACAUACAGCCGUCCACUUGUACACCUCUGCUCUUGAGAUGGAAACCAGUACAUCGACACUGUCAUUCAUUGAUACCGCUCUGAUAUUGUGUACACUCGAAAGUCUUAACUCUGCAGCGGCCCCCUGGGAGCUACACUUGUGCAAUGCAUACAGGUUACUGGAAAACGCUGGCGGUGUGUCAAAGAUUGGUAAUUCGCCACGUUUACAGGCACAAGUCGCCAUGUUCCUGUGGUGGGAUUGUACAGUGUCUCUGGUCUCUAGGUCAGCUUGCAUUUUUCCACCAGAGUACUACGAGACUAUCGCAGAAUAUGACGCGGAGUCUUCUUGGAGUGUGUUCAGUAUCACGGGAAUCCCUAAGCAGCUGUUCGUGUAUCUUCACGAGAUUGUGCAGUUGGCAGAAGAAAGAGAGAAGACGAUAACCAUGAAAUGGGUGACCUUCAACAUGCAACGAGUGCAUGAACUCGAGACAGCUAUCAGCCAACUGCCAGGGUCCAGUGCUUCUAGUGACGAGCUCCAGGACGAGGAAGUGAUACAGAGUGAGCUGGACUGUUCACACGCUCUGAAGGCGUGGAAAUAUGCCCUACUCCUCUACAUCGAAAGGACCUUCAAAUGGAACCGCCGCGAUGCUCGACCGAGCAAGGCUAUUGUGUCUUUCUCACGACUGACAUUGGACCAUGUGCGUUGCUGCCGAUCAUCUUCUGUGAUACAAAAGCAGCUCCUUCUACCAGUGUUUCUUGCUGGAUCAGAGGCCAACGACCAGUAUGCACGUUCAUUUUCACGGAACUAUUGUGACACCUGGUUGAAAAAAUCUCGCUACCGCAUGUUCCAAGACGCAAGUUCCCUCCUCGAAGAAAUAUGGUCGGCAAGAGACAUCACCAACGGCUCUAUGCAUGUAUGGUGGGGGUCUGUGAUUGACUCGAAGCAGCAACGAAAACACGCAAGUGGACAGGCUACCCGAUUGCAAUAUUUGUUUGGAUGA